UCUUCAGUCAAGUGCGCCUCCUGCUUAUCUCCUUCACGUCUUCACACCCUCUUGCCGUUUGUCUCACUACAACCUCGUCUUCUUCGUCUUCCUCCCCGUCGAGAAUCCCGCAGCCGCGGCAAAGGCCACCAUGAGAGCCGCCGCCAUCCAGACCCACGCCCUCGUAUGCGCGCCACCGGGGGCCGCCGCCGCCGCGCUGGCCCCAUGGCCGCGGCGCGCUGCCGGCGGCGGCGGGGGAGGACCCCUCCUCCACCACCACCGGCUGAGGAGCGACCUGCCCCACACGCGCUCCCUCCCCUGCCGGGCUCGCUCGCCGUCGUCCUCCUCGUCGUCGAAUGUGAAUUCUGGGAGAGGGGACGACGCGGACAACCUGCUCGAGGAUUUGCUCAGCAAGCAUGGCGAGGUGGUGUACAACGCCGGUGGGGCUCCGGGCAUUGAUGCCGACGAUGACGCCGAGUGCUUGUCCUUUGCUGUCUCCCUAGCUAAAGUUGCAAGCGAGGUGAAGGCUGCGGAUAUUCGUGUACUAUUUGUGAAGCCGCUCGUUUACUGGACGAGGUUCUUCAUCAUCCUCACUGCUUUCUCAAAUGCACAGAUUGAUGCUAUCAGCUCCAAGAUGAGAGACAUCGGUGAGAAGCAGUUUAGCAUAGUUGCAUCUGGUGAUACAAAACCAAAUUCAUGGACCUUGCUGGACUUCGGCGAUGUUGUUGUCCAUAUAUUUCUUCCGCAACAGCGAGCAUUCUACAACUUGGAAGAGUUCUAUGGCAACGCAACCUCCAUUGAACUCCCUUUUGAGAAGCAGUUGCAGUGACUGCUGUUUUCAUCUUCUCCUGGAGAAAUUGCAGGUUUCCACAAAAACCGAGCAGCAUUGCGCCAUGGAUUCUCCACGUCUUCCUGCUCAUAUGUGACGAACUGCUCGGAGCUAUAGAUUUGCAUGGUCUAACUCGCCAAUGUCACCUGGUGACUGCUCGCCAAGUUCAGAAGUGAGGCACCAUGAUGCCAACAUUCUCCUUAUCUGUUGUUAGACUACGUGAAUCAUUGUAUUAACUAUCACAUUAGAGACGAUAAUUAUUGGUGCCAAGAGGAGUAGAGGCCAAGAUGUAACACAUUGUGCCAGUUCAGAUUUCAGACGCGAGGAUGCAGUGUGCAAGUUCAACUUAGGCAUCCUUUGGAAUGAAGGAAUUUCAAGGGAUCUUUGUAGUAUUUGGACUAAAUUCUAUCAAAAUCCAGUAAAAUUACUCCGCGGUAAAAUUACUUGGUCGAA